CGUAUACACAACAUCAGCGCCAGUCUUACCCCCCCGUCGUACGUACGUUUUUCUGGCGUCACUGUAAUACGAUUUUGGUUUUCAGUUGUUUUCUCUUUAAAAUAUAAUUUUUUUAUUUUUAUUUUUUUUAUCAGCAGUUCAUACGUUAUAACUUUUUCGCAAUUUUCCGUCGCGAUAAAGUGCGUUUGUUUCGGGAGUUUACGGUGCGCGUUUGUUGUUGUUGUUAAUCGCUUAUUUUGCUUUAAUGAUAAUAAAUCAUUAUUUAAUCGGGUUAAUGCUUUGAUUUAAACCGCCGUGUAAAGAUGUGGACUUAUUACUCGUGAAGUUGUUUCGAUAAUUUUAUUUUAUAUUUUUUGUGGUAGUGUCCGAUCAUAAAUAAUAUCGGGUACCUGUAUGUAUGUUAUUUCAACAAAUUACAUGAAAAUCAUUCAAAAAUUUUGAUGAGUGUCAUAAGUCAUGCAGAAAAUCAAAGGUGUAUGUUUCGAAUGUCCGUCAUGUGUCGGUCACAUUCUUCCGUAUCAACUAUGCAGUAAUGAUAGCUGCGGUAGCAUAUUCGGACAAGGAAAAGCCUCCAUGAGUAAUUUGCAAAAUGCCUCGCUCUGCCUUUACGUUCUUUACGUCGGUCAUCUGAUACGGCAUGAAGACCGAGUCAAACGACCAGCCUCUGCAAUCUGCUGGUCCCUUAUUCACAGACCCAAACGCCCGAUAUCGGAGUGCGUCUAAUGAUCCGUCUUAUAGACAUGGCGUCGUCGCUCAACCGGCGACUGUCGCUAAUAUGAACCAAGUGCCGAACGGUUACUGUUACUCGACCGAUAAUAAUCAAAUCGUUACCAGUGAGUGCGAUAAGACUUAUCACUGUCCUAACUCAACAGCAAUUGUUACUUUAACAAAUAACAUUGUUUCAACUCCUGCAGCUUUUGUAUCAUCUAUUACUGUACCAGCUGGUUGGAGACGAAUUCAUAAUAACGGAGUCAUAAUUUAUAUAAGUCCCAGCAACGCAGUUCUAAAUUCGUUGAACCAAGUUAAAAUAUAUUUGCAGACUCAGGGUACAUGCAAAUGUGGUCUUGAAUGCCCUUUUCAGUGUGAACACGUUUUUAAUUUCGACGCAAAGGUAAUGACUAAACCUACGUCCAGCCUUAACACUAUGACUAACCUUUGCAAUCAUAAGAGAAAAAUGAUGAUAAACAAUUCAGAAAAUAAAUUUAGCAAUUAUUCCUUUGAAAUGGCAGAAAAUCGAAAAAAACGAAAACUUUUUGGGGCUCAACAACAGUAUUCAUUUCCUCCUUAUGAAGGUGAAAAAUCUGGAAAAGAAAACUUCUCACAUGUUUCAAAUUCUCAUCCAAUGCAAUGGUCAGAUCAAUCUGCUGUUCCUAGUCAUAUGAGGUUUACUUCUCAAGGAACAUCUGCAAUGCUAAAUCCUCAAUCUCCACAGUCAAUGAUAAAUUCCCAAGGACCACAAAAUAUACAACAUGAGAUUUUAAAUUCUCAAGCCCCACCAAUACUAAACCAAAGUUCAUCUGUGAUGUCUAACUCUCAAGGACCAGUUAUGCCUAAUUCUCAAAAUACAAUGAUGUCAAAUCUUCAAGGAACUGUGAUGUCAAAUUCUCAAGGAAUAGUAAUGCCUAAUCCUCAAGGAACAAUAAUACCAAAUACUCAAUCCCCUGUAAUAGGUUUGGGAAAUCCUAGAGUUCCUCAAUAUCCCAAUCAUUCAUACCAGCAAGACUUAGGAUAUGAGCAAUCAUAUCGUAAUGGUUAUAGGUAUAACUCCCCUCAAUGUAGAUCUCAUGAAACUACUAUGUUGCAACCGGACUCUUCUUGUGAACCACAUCAUCAACAGUAUCAAAAUGAUAUGUUAUCACAAGAAUAUUAUCAAAAAAAUAUUCAUAAUGUAUACCAACAAGAGCAUACGCAAUAUAACAAUUAUGAUAGUCAAAGAACUCAAGGAAAUUGUCGUUUUAAUUGUUCUAGUCAUUGUGGACACUAUUGUAACUCGGACGAACAAAAUCCUAGUUAUGGUAAUCAAAUAAACUCAUGUCAACAACAACCACAAUCUCUGUCUUUAAGGCAAAACGAAUCUACAAAUCAUGAAUAUUAUCCAGAAAUGUACCAAGAACAAAAUAAUUAUACUGAAUCCUAUGUAGAUAAUAGAAAUACUACAAGGCAAGAAUAUUCAUCACAAUAUGAAUAUGAACCACAAUCUCAAUCACAGUGUCACCAUAUGGAUUGUAAUUUUAAAAAUAAUGUUUCUGCUUCUUCAGUUAAUAACCAGAGUCCUGUAGAUGUUCCACAGAUAAGACCACAAUCCCCUCAAAUUAAACUAGUACAACAACAGAUAAAUACACAACAUUUACAACAAAAGCCAUCAAGACCUCAACACAAAUCAACUCCACCUUGGCAGCUUAAUAAAAUUCAGUCAUUACAUCAACAAAUACCUCAACAGCAAACUCCACAACAACAAAUUCUACAUCAACAAAUACCACAACAACCAAUACCACAACAACAAAUAUCACAACAGGCAAGCCCUAGAGAAAUAAAUGAAGAUCGAGUGCCUCCCAUACAUCAUCAUGCUUCUCAAGUUCCCAGAGUAGAAGAAAAAUCUCGUAAGCCACUUCAUAAACAAUCCUUUAAACCUGUAAAUUAUGGUAGAAAAUCAAAGUCUCCUCCUGAAGAAGAUAAUUAUCCAUCAUUUUUAGAUGAUCCAAGUGGUUACUUAGCGCAGCAAACAGCAUUAUUAAAUAAUACUAUAAGUACUAACUCAUUUUCACCUUUAUCUCCACCUGCACAAUCACAAAAACAAGAAAAACCUAGGUACACAACAAAUGUUACAACAAUGGCCAGUGGUCGAACAGCUAGUUCAAAUACAGUUACUUCAGUUUUGGCAGGUAGGACGAAUACAACUGUGGUCACAGUAAAUACAUCAGAAGAACAAGUAUUACCGCCUAGUCAACAACAACCUGUUACAUCUAAAACACCUUUAGAAAUGGUACAAAGUGUUGUUAGUAGUAUACAAGUACCUACUUCUUCAGAUAAAUCGAAUAUUCAACCAAGUCACAUAUUAUUAACUAGUAAUGGGCAAUUGAUUAUGGCAUCAGCUAAAAUACAAACACCUAGUACUUCUCAAGUUCUUUCUACAGUGCAGCAACAAGUACAACCUACAGUUCUCGUAAAUACUCUUCAGGGAACUCAAAGUACUUUAUUACUUCAACCAGGAAAUGUUAUGACUGUUGAUCAAGUACAAGUACCUCAACUUGCGGUUGCUACAGGGAGUAUAGAUAAUAGUGGAUCAUUUUCACCUAGAGGUUCUAAUUUAUUAUCUCCGCCAGAUUCUAAACGUAAAACUAAUAGUUCAAAAAAGCGAAAAUCUCCUCAAAUAUCUCCUAAUCAGAACAAUUCAAGUGUUUUGUUACAGCCUCAGCAACAAAACUUUAAUCAACCUGUUGUUCAAACAUUAAUAUUACCUAAUAAAACCACCCAAUAUGGUAACCAACAACUUAUAACAAACAUGAUACAGCCUGUAAGUCUUGUUCAUAACCUGCCAGCUAUUCAGCAGUUUAUUGUACCUGCAAAUUUAGGUGGUGUUGUUAUGGCUGAUAAUACUAUAUUACAAGAUGCAGUGCAGUUAAAUGUUAUAUCACCAUUUUCUAAUAAUGGACAAAAUAUUUUACCCACUGGAAUGGUUUUAAGAACCCCUCAAUCUCAACAAAGACCCCAACAAAGUAAUCAGUUUAUUGUAAAUAGUGUUGGUCAAUUGAGCCCUAUUUUAGCCAGCUUGAGUCCUAAUCAACCACAAAAUCAAAAUAGAAAUCAGCAGCAAAACGACUACAUACAUGUGGUACCAUGUUCUAUUCAACAAAAUCAAGAAAAUACUACUGUAGUUCAACAAAACACAACUAUUGUUCAGCAACAAAUGACCAUGGUAUCUGGUCAACAAGGCAAUGAGCAAGGAAAUUUAAUUAUAAAUGAAAAACAAGGACAAAAUUAUAUUAUUGCUGAUAAUAAACAACAAGGAUUUAUUUUGAGUCCUAAAGAUAAGCAACAGUCAGGUGGAACACAUUUUAUUUUAAACAAUAUGAAUUCCGAGAAGCAAACCCAAAGCUUUAUAAUUACUAGUCCAACGUCAGGUGAUAAGCAGCUUUGUGGAAACUUUAUACUUGAAAAAAGUAACUCUUCAGGGAAUUUUAUUAUUACUACAACAAAUUCUGAUAAAAAUUCUAAAUUUGCUAAACAUUCAGUAUCCACACAAACUGCUGCUGGGCAACAAGUGUUACAAAUUUCAUCUACUCCUACUCUUAUAGUUGCUACAAACCGUAAUGCUUAUGUAGGUAGUCCUCCUGAUACAACAACUUUAAGUCCUGUUAGUGGACAGAGUCCUUCAGCUAAACCAGAAAUGCCUUCAAGUUCAGUAACAGCUGAUUUAGAUGCUGCACUAUCCCCAUCAUCAACAUUAUCUGAUAUACAGAAUCGGCAGCCAAUGGUACAUUGUAUCUCAAGUAGUAAUGUAGUAGACUGGUCUGAUAAUUCAGCUGAUGAACGAAAGACCGGAUCUAAUGCUUCAGACUCGCCAAACAUGUACUCCAUUGAACAUUCUUUUACUAGAUGAUAUAAUACCAUGAGUAAAUAUUUAGUUCAAACCAAUUCAUUUAUAAAUUGAUGACUGAUGAUGCACAUGUUGGCUAUCUAAACCAAGUUCCUAUUAAAAAAAUAUUAAUAUUGUGUUGCUUUUGUGAAAUAAUACAAUAUAAAAUUUUGAAACAGUAUAUUUCCUAAUUAAGUUUAGGUAAUUAUUUAUUAUAUUUUACAAUGUAAUAGUUCCUCUAGUUGAUGGAGAAACAUUCUAUACAAAUAUUUUGUGUAUUUUAAUUGGUUUGUUUUAAAAUCUAUAAUCCUUAAACCGAAGUUCUGUAUAUUCUUUUAUGUUAAAUUACUCAAUGAAUAGCUUCAGUGCUUUUAUUUAUUUUUCUAAAUUUUAAAUUUAUUUAAUUUUGUUUUUUAUUAUUAUUCAGAAAGAUCUUUGGACAAUUUUAAUUGUGGAUGUUUUUUAAAAACUACAUAGGUUACCAAAUUGCAAAAGAAAUAGGAUGUAGUAGAGAGAUUAGUCCA